GCAACAAGACGAUGAAAGGUGAUGAGAUGAAGUAUUUACGUAAGCCCUCACUGGACCACAUCUGUUACGACGCUCCCAACCAGUACAUGUGCGCCAACUGUAAGACCCUCGUCAACUGUGUGGACGGCAGGGCCCACGCGACCCAGUGUAACACGGGCAACUUCUGCUACAACUACAACAACGAGUUCGGGGGUCAUGUCUGCUACCCGGGGCGACCUACUCAGUGCCUCUGUCAAGACUCCAAUGUGUUCUACCGAGACGCCUACGAUCAAGGGGCGUUCUUCAUCUGUGACGAGUCCGGGGAGAAUAGGAUGCAUCAGUGCCCUGAAGGAGACUGGUUUGACGAGAAGGCGGUAGAGUGUCGCAGCUUCUCGGGUCUGCCCAGAUGUACAACACCUGGGACCUUCGCUCACGCCGAGGACUGUACCAGAUACUACAGCUGUAUCGUCACCACGCACGGCUGGCUACAACACGAGUAUCAGUGUCCCUACGACAGGGGGGUCCUCUUCUACAACGAGCAGACGGGGAGCUGCGAGGACCCCUGCUUCUGGGAGAAACCCAGAUUCGAAUGCACCCAAGAGGGGAGGUUCGGGGACCCGACGGACUGCAGGAGGUUCUACGUGUGUACGUGGGACGCGGUGGCUCACAAGUAUCGGCAGGUGCUGCGUCAGUGUCCCUCCGGGUUUGAGUGGCAACAGAUAGUGAGGAACGGAUCAGGGCGCUGUACCACCAUGGUGACGGAAGACUGUAUCCCUGUAACCAACACUCGCUGUAUCGUACCUGAGGGCCUCUGUAACUGACACUCACUGACAGUUCCUGCUUGACUGACACUCACUGACAGCUCCUACAAGACUGACAGUCUACCUUAUAGACAAUAAUAUCCUUGUUAACUGAUUCUGUUAUUUAUAUAUUGUUAAUUUAUUUAUGGAUGGCGACAAA